GCGCUGAGUGGGCGGGGUGCCGCGGCGGCGGCGGCGGCGCGGCGCUGGCGGCGUCUGCGCGCUGGCGGGCUUGGCUGGUACGUCAGCGGCAGGAUGGCUGUAGCUGUUGACCCAGCAGCAGCAACAGUAGCAGGCUCCGGUGGCGGCUUGGCGGCCCCAGCGGUGGCAGUGGUGGCUGUGGGGCGGGAGGUGGCGGCGGCGGCGGCGUUGGCGGCGGCUUGGUAAGAUGGCGGCGCUGCAGGAAGGGGGCAGGUAUGGCGUGUCCUGCGGCAGAGUCACCCAGGACAACAUCACGGUGCUACAUGUCAAGCUGACCGAGACCGCCUUCCGAGCGCUGGAGAGCUACCAGGGGAGCAAGGUGAGGGGCGCCCCGGGGUCGACGGUCGUCCUCACUCGCCCGGGCUGGGACGCCCGGGAAGGGAAGAGGGACACGCAGCCGGCGCAAGGGGCGUGGAGGGGCUGCUUCCUCGAGGAAUUCCACGCACCCCACUCAUCCCAGGGCGUGAAAUCUCGCCCCACACUCUGCUCUGGGUCCGGCUGAGGAUCCCUUAGAAAAGUCUCCUCUUCUCCCCCCCCCCCUUUCCAUGGGACCGUCUCUCCAUAUGGUUCGUGCCUAUUUAUAGGCAUGGGGGGUGGGAAUAAGAAUACUAAUUCCACAUUCUUCCUUCUCACCAACUUUUGAUCCCCCUCUCUUUUUUCUUUUCCUUCCGCGUAAGGGAAGGGAAAAAAAAGUUUUGCGGGGCAACAAAUGCCCCCAGCUGCCCUGUAUGUAUGUACCUCACACAGAAGGGAGGAGGAGGAGGAGGUUGGCCGUGGCAGAGGGCGAUCCUUUGAAAAUGGCAUUUACACAAGAAAGUCAUUUUUCUCGGUGUCGGUGCCAGCUAGUGCCUCUGGAGCUGGCCGUGACCGGAGCCAGCCGUUCCCAGAUGAGGCCGAUUCUGCUGAGCUGUCAUUUAUUUAUGGGCUUAGUUCUUCUGCCUGCUGAUCUCGCUCGCUCUCCCUCCCCGGGGCAGGGAGAGAGGGAUGGGCUGAGCUUUUCCCUAGGCCCAGCUUCUCAGCCUGCCCACCCCGAAAAUGUGAAGUGGCCCUGGUUGUUUUUUUAAAGGGACAAUGGCAACUAUGACAGUUUUAUUGUACAUCUUUAUCAUGCUGUCAGGAAAACUGUUUCUCACUGUCUUCCUGUGUCCCCCACCACCAAUACCUUGUCCCUCUCCCACCCCCAUCCGUAACAGCUGCCUUGUGAGAAAUCCUGAUGGGGACAAGUUCCACAGCACAUUCCAGUGGUAACAGCAGCUGUAUAAAUUGUUCAGCACAUUGGGGAUAAUGUAGAAAUAUUUUAAAUCGGUUUAUAUCUGGAUUGUGUUCCCCUUUUCAUUUAUAUUCUGGGGAUAUGUUGGAUUCAUGCAAUGUUGUCUUUGUUUGGGGGUUUAACACCCUACACCCCCCCCAAAAAAAACAGCAUAGGGGAAGGGCAUUUUAGACUCAGGGGAAUGGGUCAGUUAAAAAGAACAUAUGAUAGAUCUCUCCCUGUCAGGCUUCUCUUGCAAAAGUAGGGGACAGGAGAAUUGAUAGUCUUCUUUAGUUUUUCCUUACUGUAGCUUUCCAUUGGAAACUUGAGCCUCCGCUUGUGUUUGUUCAGGGCACAUUAAAAGUGGCUAUAUGUCCCAGCAAGGAGGAUUAAGCUCUAAUUAGCUGGUGUUUUAACAUGGAAUUUCAAAUUAAAUGUUGCUUGUCUCAUUUUUUCCCCUAAGGCCCAUUUGUUACUCUCUCCCCUCUCCCUUACUGUUCUGAGAAAUCUUGGAGGAUUGUUACUUUGAGUACAAUGAAUCCCAAGAAAAGGUGCUGAUCGACUCUUCUUUUUUCUUUUCUUUUCUUUAAAAAAAAUAAAUUCUAUGUCUUUUGUAGUGCCAGCAGGCUUUCUUCCAAAAGAUUUCCUUUGAAACAGUUCUAGGAGCAAUUCUUAAAAGAUAAGCCAGGAACAUACUAAAACCAGACAGAAUUUAAAUAACAGGUUCUUGACAGACAACAGUCUCUCUUCUCAGAGUCUCAGUGCUGCUUUCCUUAUGUAGUUCUUCAUGUAAAAAGAUGACUCAGACAUGGUUUUCCCAGAAUUGACCUCCAAAUUGUGCCUUUUCUUAUGACUAAUGGUUGUUUUUCAUAAUAAGUAGGUGAAUCUAAAAUAGAGUAAGCGAGUAAGCUUCCUUCACCGAGUUUGCCCCUUCUAUUCUAGCGUGUCUGGGCCAUCAUUCUCUCUGCCCCUUAGCCAUUGAACAGUGUAUUAUAGCCACUCUGGGUUUUGUACUGCACAAUUAUGCAGUACAUCAGCUGUUUCCCUUGUUAAACCUGAGUGGAAAUCAUUACUUCUGCCAAAUGAUCCUUCGAAAUCAACUUCAAAUUGCAGCUUUCCACUGCAUAUGUUUCUUGAAGAACUGCAAACUCUUAUUGCUAUGUCAAGGCUGCUCAAAGGCUCAUAUUCUGGAAUGUGAUAGUUUUAAACACUAUUGAUUUCUUCUUUAAAUGUAGAAAGUUGCUUGUGUUCCCCCCCAUAUCUUUUAAUAAUUAAGAAAAGUUAGAAUUUUGGAGUAAGCAGCGUGUGGUUGGAGGUAUAAUUAUUUUUCAUACUCUGUGUUUUUUAAAAAAUAAACUCAUUAACUUGUGAACCAAACUGCUUAUAAAGAAAGUUUUAGAGUAAAUAUCUUCAGAGGAUUUUUUGUUGUUCAGACUUAACCUAAUUAAAGUGAGAUUGAGUUAUAGCAGUUCUUUAAUAUAAAAAAUUGAGUUGCAUAGUAUACCAAUUUUAUGUUCAGUUUUAAAUAUCAUUCUUCUCCUGUCUUGAAACUAACUUCGGUCAAUAUUUAGAACAUAAAAAGUAGUCAUAUUGAAUAAUUUUUGCCUAUUUUGUAGAGUUUAAAGAAACCAAAGGCUUUGUUGAGGCUGAAAUUGCUAGCUUUUAAAAUUCCGUAAUGCUAUAGGUCUCCAUAAUGUAAGACAUAUUACUUUUGUGGCACAGAAUAAACUGUUUCUGAAGUUGUAAUUGUAAAAUACAUAAUUUUCACAUCAACUUAAUUUCCUAUAAAAUGUAAAAUAUAUAUAAAACUGUAGAUUUGAGUUUAAUUUUAAUCAUUCUUCUGGAGUCUCUUAUGAAUAGGGUCUCAUGUACGUAAUACCUAAUUUAACCUAAACUUAGUGACACUCUUGCAUGUUACAACACAUGACUAUUUAAAAUUUGUGCUGAGUUCAGCUAGUCUGCAUUUUGUAGGUAAAUGCAUCAUCGAGAAAGAUAAUUGCCCUACUGUUGUAAAAUCAAAUGUGAUUAACUUAAAAACAGGAGCCUAGCUGCAACUUUUUUAGUGAUUUAGAAUGUGAAAUAUCAGUUACAUAAGAAUAAAUAUAAUUUAAUUUCCUGGAGUUUACUUUACGUACAGAAUUAUUGUGUGUAUACAGAUGUUAUUUACCUAUAAUUGAGAUAAAUAAAAUUUGAAGUAACAAAGCUAGUUGCUGUUUCCUUGUCUGGUAAAAUAUUACUGUGCAAAUAUGUUCAAAGUAAGUUCUGCAAUAUGCAACAUACCGGGAAUUUGUAACAGAAGAGAAAAGUACUUGUCCACCAUUUGAUCAGCUGCCUGCAGAGUCAUAAAGUAGCUAUUAAAGUGACAGUUUGAUGAACAAAAGUCAGUUUGGCUUUUAGCUUGCCUGCAUUGGUAAUCUUCACCAGCUUUCCCUAUGCCCAUUUCCCUAAUUAAUUAAACAGCAAAACAUCUCUAACUUGAACAGUUCUUCCAGCCGUCCAAAACACAGGGAAAUUUGUAGUUAAUUUCUUUUUAUUCUUGCUAUAUCACAGUAAUUAGAUAUUAUUUUCAUUGAAUUCAUCCAAAAAGCACAGGGCAGUUUUACAAUAUGAAAACAAAACAAUACUUGCCAUAAUAACAAAAACAAUAACAAGUGCACACACAUACAAUUUAAAAAGCCAUAGGUUGUUUAAUUAGCUAAAGGCCUGGGAGAAGAGGAAUGUUUUUGCCUGGCAUUUAAAAAUAUGUAACAUGCAUGAAUAACCUCCUGAAAAAUAAAUUAAUUAAAAUAUUGUAAGAAGCCAUACGCACUGUGUAAGGGAUUUAAGAAAUAUUAUCUUCAAAUGCUUAUAGUCAUAAACAUGAUGUGGGUGCAAAGCAUUUGCUGUGUAAUGUAUGUAUCAUUUAUAGGUACUGUCAAAACAUUUAGCUAAGCUGAAACGUCAUAUAUGCAAUAAAAUCUUAUUAUGGUAGAAACACAUCUUGUACCUUUUUAAUCAGAUCAUUCCAGCAGCCUGUCUUUUUAUUUUAUUUCUUUAGUUUGAAUAGGAAAUUCAGAAUAGUUCAUGAAGUGAGUUCUUCAGAGGACCAGAUUGGCUCCCGCUGCAGAUCGGUGAUCAGACUUUGUAUAACUGCUUACAAGCUGGCACUAUUCUGAAUGUGAUCACUCUCUUGAAGGAUGGCCUCACAACUAAUACUGCAGGAAUCUGAUUUGUGUCAAGGCCAGCUUUUUAUGUGCCCAUAAAUAACCAGUAGGAACUUUGGGGUCAGGGCAGGUGUUAAUAGUUCUUCUAAUCUACUAAAAGUCUGAUCACUGUGCUAGUCCCUUUUUCUCUUCACAUAACAUUUUUAGAAUUGUAACACUUUAAUAAUGUUGAUGUCAAGCUUUGGUGCUUGUUGCUGAUUAUUUACUUCAUAUAAAUGCUCCUAGGGUGCCCUUCAUCUACAGAGAUACCUGGAUGGCAUACAAAGGUUAAUUAAAAAAAUUAAAACAAUACAGUACUAUGAAAGAUAAAACAACAACAUAAAAACAAUGGAGACAGUUUUAAAAGCAAGCAACAGGCUGGAUACUGAUCAACUUUAAAACUUUGGACUUUAAAUUGCCCAGGCAAAUAAAUGAGUUUUAACCUGGCGCCAAAAUGAUUGUACCAUUGUGUCAUGUAGAUCCUUUGGGUUCAGGCAACUGGCUUAUUAGUAUAUAAACUCUACAUGCAAAAGUCUUAAGGUGACCCUUUUAAUACAAGUUUGGGGGUGGUGUUGCACUUUGUAAUAUAUAUCGUUCUUCUAGGUUGAUUAUGGAGCACCUAAAAAUAUACUGAGAGCUUUACAAAAGGUAAUACAGACAGACCUCUGCCCAAAGCAGCUUACAAUCUAAAAAUAAAUAGGCAACAGAGUACAGGAAAAUGAAGGGAAUUGUGAACAAUUUUCAUUUAAUGAAAAUGAGCUGUUUUUCAUUUAAUGCCUACCUAUGUAACACAGUAAGAAUACAGUAGUUUUAAGGCAACAGAAUUAAGCAAUCAAGCUGUGGCUGAUUUUUAUUGUAUAGUUUUUCAAUAUUUAAUAUGUUGCUAAUAUGUAGGUAGUUUGACAUUUCACACAGGUCAAGGUUUGCAAAAUGUUUUCCCAUUUCCACUCCUAGGCUGAUGUCUUCAUUUUUCUUAAUCAAAAAGUUAUUUGAGUUAUUUGAGUUCCUAAUCAACUCAAGUGAUGUAACACACCCCUUGAAGCAUCAAAUAUAAUUACAGUUUAUAUUGUGAAUCUGAAUGGAAUAGAGUCUGAAAACUCUAAACAAGCAUACUUGAGUUGUCAUUUCAUAUUUAACAAAUAUUUGAAUAUGCUUCAUGAAUUUAAGAAUUAUAACGAAAGUAUAUUUUGUACUGUUGUGCUUUCCUCAAAACAUGCUCCACUGAACACAGUGAGCCUUAUUUCUGAGUAAGCUAUAGUAUUGCUUGUGUUGAAAUUAAACAUGCGUAGAAGAAGAUUAAGAAAAUGAAGGUGGAAGGAGGUACCUGCUUGACGCACAAGGCAUUUAGCAUCAGCUGUCUUAGCAAGCACAUACAUUUCUGGAAACAAAUCUGCAAUGCUUCAAGUCACUAUGAAACUGAUGCAGAUAUUGGUCUUGUUUGACUGUGACAUUAAACUCCAAAUUAGUGUUAUGCAAAAGAAUCUUAUUUCAUCAAGUCUCUUGUACAGCAGGGAGAGGGGAGCCAAAGCUUUCAUUUUGAUUUUUAGAGAAAUUCAUUUUAGUGUUUGGUUGAAUCUGGACAAACUCUGGUUAGCCAAGCUAUGGUUUAUGGAAAUAAGCCAACUUCAAGCCAUGGUUUAUUAAGUUGACUUGUUUCAAUAAAAUAUAGUUAAAAGAUGAACCACAGCUUGAGGCUCAAACAUAAUUAUAAAAUGCAGUUAAUUGAAAACUUCCCUGAAAGCUUCCAGUCUCCUUAUGGCCACAGCAUAUAUAAUAGGGCAGUGCACACGCUUGAAGAUUUUGAAUCUCACAUAAACCAUAGUUUAUGCAUCCAUACUAGAGCAAUGAAUAGUGAGGUGCUUGUUGAGGAAUGCAAAUAUGUACAGAAGAGUUGCUCUUUUUAAAAUGACUAUUCCAUGGCAUAACCAACUGCAGAACUAGAACCUAAACUGUUUUGUCAUUAUACAACCUAAUUUCAGUUGUUGGCAGUGUUUGUUGAGGUGUCUUGGACUUGUCCACUGAGGUGCUUUUAGAUUAAAGCUAAGGAGCUCUUUUCAGUUUGAAGGCCACAUUUCCUCCUAGUCAACCUCAAAUAUUUCUACACAACCCCCCCAAGCAUAUCCCUCCAUCCAUGCAACAAGGAGGUAUUAUCAUCAAGCAGACAAAAGGGCUGAAAUGAGUUAGGGCUUAAAGCAGAGCUGGCAAAGGGUGUAGCCCAGGAAAAGAGGGUGUAGCUUGGGGAGAGUUGCAAAGACCAGAUAAAAAGGUCUAGAGGGCCACAUUCAAUCCUGGGCCUGAGUUUCCCCAUUGGUGUUGCAAAAACAAUUGCCUAAGCUGCUAAAUUAGUUUGAUGCAACAUUGUCAAAACCAAAUCUAGUUAGGUUUUGGUUGUUGUUACAAAACAUCAAAUAGAAAGAUCCAGCUAUAUGAACCAUUUUGAGCAAUUUGGGAUUGGGCUGUAGAAAUUCUUUUCUUCAGUUCCUCUGCCUUUUUAUGGCCUAAAGCCGAGUAUUGCAACAGUAAAGCUGUAAUUCAUCUUAUAUGAGGCACCAUCAAAUUAGAUCUUUAACAAUUAGUAAAGUAUCACUGUUUUUGUCGCUUUCUGCAAAGCAUGUUCAGUAUCCUUACAAUAAAGCCAUUCAUUCAAUUUUAUUGUAUUUGGAUAAUUUCCAAAGGUUCCAUUCGCAGUCGUAGGUUUUUCUUGUACCAAAACAAAUUGGGAAUAGCAGACGACUUUUUGUUUGUAUAUAUUAAAUAAGCCUGCUGAAAGGUAACAAACCAUUCACUAUUAAAUGCUUUAAAUGCUAUUCAUAGUCUGGUCCCGUCCCCCCCCCCCGGAAUUAGUGGAAAGGGAUAUGUGUCCCACAGUUGUGCCUUUUUUUAGUUUUUUGUGAAGAACUUUACCUGAUUCAUUCUGUUUUCAUUUUUGUGGGAUCUAAUGCUUUCCCAGCUAAGUUAGCUGAAUCAAAUUACAUUUGUGUUAGACCAGCUGAGAUAAAGAUAAUGGGUGAUGUUCAGUGUGGCUAUUCUGCUAAGGAGAGAGAAGGCGAGGAAGUGCUUUUCUGCUGCAGACCCCUGAAAGCCUAUUCAGAGCAGUGGAGAUGGUCGUGCAGGGGGCUUCGGAGGGCAGAAGGAAUGACUGAGAACUGUUUUCCCUUCACUUACAUUAGUUCCACUUGUUGCUGCAAGUGGAACAACAUUGUUUCAUUCAGAGCGCAUACUAUGGGUGUAAUGCUAAGCCAUGGUUUAGUACUACAUGAAUGAGCCAUGGUGGGCUUCAGCCUUGCUCCCUCUUCUUCUUUCCAUGAAGCUAGAAGGCGGACCCAUGUUUUGAAGUUGCCUUUAUUUCAAACUGACCAUAGGUGGGGAUAAACCAUAAUACUGGGUUUGAGUGUAGUGGAAGUCAGGGUUCAAGAAAACUAAAAGUGAGUACUGCAGAAGUCCUCUUGACAGCAUGGGAGGCAGGGAUGGGCAGAAUGCAGAAACCCAAGCCUUGCUGCAACUCAUUCCUGUAACACCAAGCCAUGGUUUGACAUUGCAUCUGACCCUAGUUAAUGCCAUUUCAGAGAUCAGACUUAAUGUGCAUUAACCACUGAUUCUUUGUACAAUAAUUACAAGCAUGAACAAAAUACUUAAGAUGAUUGUUGAAGUAGCUUUGAUUUUUUUCUUUUCUUUGAGAGCUCAUUGUUCCUUGUUCUUCUUUAGAAUCUGGUUCCUUCUCGACCUUCCAUCCAAUUUCAAGGACUCCAAGGGGUGAGUAUUUACUUUUUUAAAAAAAUAACUAUUAUCAUGUUAACAAAAGCUUCUCUCUUCUGACAUGUGUAGUGCCUCCAUAAACUGACUUUCUGGGAUAUGUGAGACGAGCACUCUCAGAACAGAGUGACAUAAAACUUAACAUGUGAACAUGUUUGGAAGAAACAGGGAGGGAAGACAUUAAUAUAUGGAAAACUGAAAUAUGUGAAAGUGCAUUUUUCAUAGUUACCUAAUAUUUUUGCUAUAAUGUUUUUCAUUAACUUUUUUGGAAAUGUGGAAGGAUAGACUUGGGAGGGAAGAUGUAUAGAGGCUUUUCCUUAGUAUGACAGAGAAGUUUUGAAGUCUAAGGCAAACAGAAGGGACAGGGAGGAAAGCUUUUAAGUAAUCUUGCUUUUAAUGAUAUUGAGUGUUAGACUUCUAAAAGUGCAUAUUUAGUAUACAUUACUAAAGGCAAAUCUGGGUCAGGUCAGUGCUUGGAUUGGAACUUGGGAGCCUUAAGUAUGUCUUUCUGGACGAAAGGUGGAGUACAUAUACAUGCAAUAAAUAAAGGUGUUUCCUGAAGUAAACUGGUCUUACGGUCAGUGUACUUACUAUUCUAAACCACCAACAUUGCUCUAAAUGCCAGUUUGCUUUGGACUCUCCUAGUCAAGUGAUGGAAGGGGGAAAAACUAAAUUAAAUAUGAAGGCAAGACACGGGGAAGAUUUAAUAGGUGUGUUUGCUAGAAUUCAUGACACUCCAGUUUCAAUAUAAAUUCUAGGCUGAGAAGUGACAGCUCAGUUGUUGGUUAUUCAGUGCUUCGGGGUUGGGAGCAUGGGGCCCUUCAGACAUUGUUGGACAAUAGCUCCCAUCAACACUGCCAGCGGUAAGGAAUGAUGGGAGUUUUAGUCUAACAACAUCUGGAGAGCACUAUGAUGGCUACCCCUGGAUAAGUCAGGUGGCUUUCUCUGAUCUCUGGGACUGGUUGUUAACAACUACUACAACAAUACAGGCCAUAAUUUUAAACAGACUAGAGGGCAUUCUUAUAUUGUGGUACCUUGGGUUAUGAACUUCCAGAGGUCCGUUCUUAACCUGAAACUGUUCUUAACCUGAGGCACGCUUUCGCUAAUGGGGUCUCACACUGCCGCCGCACAAUUUCCAUUCUCAUACUGGGGCAAAGUUUGCAACCCAAGGUACUACUUCCAGAUUAGCGAAGUUUGUAACCCAAAGUGUUUGUAACCCGAGAUGUUUGUAACCUGAGGGACCACUGUAUUAUAACUGUGGCUGCUUCAUGUGAUUACCUCUUAUAAUAGGUAUGAACACUUGGAAAAAUAAGGCAAUACAAAAUUGAAUUCUUUGCUGGCAAUAUCUAGAAACUCUGUAUGAAACUCUGUAGAUUUUGUGAAUUUGCAUCUUAAAUUUUAGCAUGCAAAGCCACCACUGCUCUGCUUCUCCAUAAGCCACUAGACUGUUGGGAAGUAUUUUCUUUCUUUGGUUCAUCUUAUCUUAAAUUUUGGAUUGAGUCUGAAGUUGACUUUUCUGUCCGUCUCUCUGCUUGCACAUCUGGUUACUGUUUAACCACAUUGGUUGGUUAGCUGAACUAAGCAGGCCGCAGUACCUAAAUGCCUUCCUCAGAAUCGGCAGACUUACUGAUGAUCUAUUUACAAAGAUGAUGCCAUCUGCUAUUUUACAGCCUUCAGAGUUUCAUUAGGUUUAAAGCCAGAUUUUGAAGACUGGACUGCCCUGUAUAUACCCAAAUAUUGGAAGUCUAAGAACAACUGAAGAGGUUAAGUACAGUGGUACCUCUGCAUGCAAACGGGAUCCGUUCCAGAGCCCCAUUCGCAUCCUGAAGCGAACGCAAUCCGCAUCUGUAUGUGCGCGGGUCGCGAUUCACUGCUUCCGUGCAUGUGCGUGACGUCAUUUUGAGCAUCUGCGCAUGCGCGAGCAGUGAAACCCAGAAGUAACACGCUCCAUUACUUCCAGGUCGCCGCGGAGCGUAACCUGAAAACACUCAACCUGAAGCACAUUUAACCUGAGGUAUGACUGUAUUUAAGAAUACAGUGGUACCUCGGGUUACAUAUGCUUCAGAUUAUAUACACUUCAGGUUACAGACUCCGCUAACCCAGAAAUAGUACCUCGGGUUAAGAACUUUGCUUCAGGAUGAGAACAGAAAUCGUGCUUUGGCGGCGCGGCGGCAGCACGAGGCCCCAUUAGCUAAAGUGGUGCUUCAGGUUAAGAACAGUUUCAGGUUAAGAAUGGACCUCCGGAAUGAAUUAAGUACUUAACCCGAGGUACCACUGUAGUAACUAGAUACAGUUCCAAUGUUGGUUCUGUUUCGACUGGCAUGGAUUCCUCUCAGUGGUAGAUAAGAUACAUCUGAAGAAUUUCACAUACUAUUUGUGAGUCAUACCAAAUAUUAUAUUUGGCAAUGCCACUUCUAAAAUGGUGGUAAUGUAUAAAGAAACUUCAAAAAUUAAAAACUUUUUGAAAAUUACACCUUCUGCUAUAUAAUUAAAGAAGUGAUGUGUGAAUCUCCCUUUAACAUGGUGACUAAUAAACUACUUCAUUUUUGCUGGUAUGUCAGCCCCUAGCCAUCCAGUUUAUUGUGCCUGGCAGAAAUAUAAGGAAUGUUGCCUUUCUCUUGCCAAAGGAUAUACUUCUGAAAAUUUCUUUACUGACCUGAAACAGUCCGUAGCAUAUUCACGGCGUGUUGCUACCCCUCCCUUUUUAAAAUGAAUAUCAGUCUGUCUAGUGCAGCAUUGUCUUCAUUGACAAGCAAUGACUUUCCAGCGUCUCAAACAAGGUGGGAUCUUCUUACAGUUCUCCCUGGAAAUGGAAAUUUAACAUAACACACUCCGCCACUAAGCUGUGGCCUCUCCCCAUCUCAACACAAGCCUGGAUCUAGCCCUAUAUUUAUCUGCUUAGAAGUAAGUUGAGUACAGAGGGUCUUACUCCAAUAAAUGUAUAUAGGAUUACAGUUAUACAUGGAAGGUUUCCAUACUCUCUUCCUCCUAUGCCAUUUUGCAUUUUUGAAGAGAACAUACACACACACACACAUAUUCCUAUGUACAGUGGUGCCCCGCAAGACGAAUGCCUCGCAAGACGGAAAACCCGCUAGACGAAAGGGUUUUCCGUUUUUGAGUUGCUUCGCAGGACGAAUUUCCCUAUGGGCUUGCUUUGCAAGACGAAAAUGUCUUGCGAGUCUUGAGAUUUUUUUUCGCUUUCCCCCCCCUUUUUCUAAGCCGCUAAGCCUUUAAUAGCCUUUUAGCAGCUAAUCCGCUAAGCCGCUAAUAGGGUUGCUUCGCAAGACGAAAAAACCGCUAGACGAAGACACUCGCGGAACGGAUUAAUUUCGUCUUGCGAGGCACCACUGUAGAUGUUAUUCAGAGGGUUGCCGUGGGGAUGAAGGAAUGGAAAGCUUUCCUCCCUUAUCAUUGGAUCCAAGCCAUUGAUAUUAAAAGGGGCAAUACAUCAAUUCAGUCAUCUAAGCCCAUUAAUAUCUACCAUAUUUUGCAAAGUUGUUCUUUUACUGUGCAUUUGAACACCCCUUAAGGUGUCAUAACCAAAUUGUGCAUGAUGAUUCCCAAGAUCAAGGAGCAGCUUUUUGUUUCUGCUUGGAUACAGUUGGGUACCAUUUUGAAUCAAAAUGAUGGACUGCACAAUUGAAAACUCUACUGCCUUUAACCAUUGAUUAAACUGCACUGAUAGCAGGAGUGUAGAAUUCCAGUGCAAUACUGGGUACAAAACUGCUAGUUCCAAAUAAAAAAUGUUUCCAGGUGGUGUCUAGGUCUGGUCUUCAGCAAGUUGCCCUAGAGGACUGGGGCAGACAGGCACAUAGAGUUCUUCCCUAUAUGCUCAGUCCUUGUUGCAUGGAUGGUAAUGCCUUAGAGUGCAGAGAAUUACAGGAACUAGAAACAUUUCCUUAUAUAUGUUAUGCCCAAAUUGUAUGGGAGUUUGUAAGCAAGCACAUUUAGUUGCUACUUAUUCUUCCUUGUUUCUGGAAGACUUCAGUGACUAUGCAGAGAACUUGAACCUUUAGGAAAAUACCUUAGGAAGCAAAAAGAAAAGAGGUCCUUGGAAAGAAUUUUCCAAAUAUGCAAAUUCUCAAUUAAGUUACCUUAAUGCUAAAUUAUCUCACUUACAAUGUGUUAUUUUACAGACGCAAUUUUUCCAUUUGGUUGUAGUCAUAUCAAAUGCCACUUUAUGGCAUCUCUGAUUUCCAGGAACACCUUUUGGGGAGGCAGAAGGAGCUUAAUUGGGAAGGGGGCUGAAAUGCCUUCAUGUACUCAUGGACUGUGCCCUCCCCACCUUAAUUAAUUAUUACAUUUACAUCCCAUUUUCCUUGGAGGAAAAAGGAGGUCAAGGUGGCAUACAUGGUUUCUCUCAUUUCACAGUGUUAUCCUCCGAAGAACCCUGUGAGGUAUUUUAGCCUAAGACAGUGACUGGCGCGAGGUCACCCAGUGAACAUCAUGACUGGGUUGCAGCCAACACUCUAAGCAGUGCACCACAUUGGCUAUCAUCCAUAAUACUUUAUAAUUAUAAAUAUUACAGGAGCAAAAUCAGAUUUAACCCCAAAGAUCAAUAUAUUGAAGAACCUGUUUGAAUGUAAACCAGUAGGUGCAACUAUUUAUUUAUAAAUCUGUUUAUAAAGACAUCUUUAUACCACCUUUUGGUCCCAUUAAAAAACCCUAUUAUCAUAGAAAGAGCAGUCUGCAAUAGUAAUAUUGAAUUGAAUUGAAUCUAAAACACACAUAGACUUUUUGGAAAAAGAACACACAUGCAAGAAAAAUAUUUCAGUUGGGAAUACUGCAUAAAGGUUCCAAAAUGAAGAGCCACAAGCACAGAGAACUAUGCAACCACUGUUGUAGUAGUUAUAUUCUCAUAGAGUAGAUUGAAGCUGACAUUCAGAAGGCUCCCAGACCCUGCCUUCCGCUCCAAUAAAAGCCCCAGCAUAUCUGCAUCGUGAGGGGAUUCUGAGUGAAAUCUUUUUGCCCAACACCCCAAAGAAGGGGUCUUACUCCACACCCAAUUUCUGUUUCCCCAAAGGAGAGGAGCAGCCAGGGUGAACCUACUGUGUGUCUCCCUUCUCCUGCUUCUGUUUAGGGCACGUGGUUGUUUAGGGCACCAACAGGAAAACUGUUGGUGUGAUACGCCAGGUAUGGAAGAAACCCUAGAUAGAUCACUCUAGUUGGACAUAGACAUCAUCUUUGAACUAGAUCCCCUUUGCUUAAUUUAUUUAGACAUUUUCUAGUGUUGCUUACCUAUUCAAAAAUACUUGCUCCAUAAGAUAUGCCUUUGUAUAGUGGGCCACAUGACAGAGUGUCUCCCCCCCCCUUUUUGUAUACAUUAUCUGUGCUUGCACAGUACAGUACUUUAUAAUCUCUACUAGAAUACAGUAUCAGUUGCAGUCAGUGGAACAGCAUAGCUGCAUUAUGCUGGCCCCAUUAUGCUUUUGUACAAAAGCUGUUGAUAGAAGUUGCUGGGUCCUCAGAGUGAUUUUGAAGCCAACUUCAGUAGCAGGGUUACUUGUGAACCCACUGGAAUGUUUGCUGUAGUGGGCAGGUAUCAAUGUUUGUAUCAGCCUCAUUUUCCUUUCUUGGAUCUCUUGCCGUUUACCUUUUGACAAUAGCAACAGCUACAGAGCAAGAAAGAAGAUGCAAUUAAAGUCCUCACCCCAUUGAACUUCUGUUGGAAAUACCUAUCUAAUUAGGCUUAUAAUUCCAUGAAAUACUGGCCUAUAAUUCUAUGACGUGUACUGCAUUAAUGAAAAAUACUUUAAAAAUGAAGUAAUACUGUUGACAUUUAUGCUAUUCAAGAUUUGGACCAUAGUUAUCCCUAUUUUAUCCUAACUAUAUCUUCAGUUCUUAUAAAGAAGAAAACCCUAGCAACUUUAGCUUGACACCAGAGUGGACAUAUAAUAUGUCAAGUCCAAAAUGGCCCUCUGGACCCAAAUGAAAUAUUCUGGGUUUGUAGAUAAUGCUGAGUGGCCAAGCUGCCUGGCAUCGCUACUGCUGUGUCCUAUGGCCAAUAAAUUUGGAAGAAGUCUGUUGUGCCUGCAUUUAUUCAUUUAUUUAUAUUUAUUAAAUUUGUAUACCACCCUUCAUCUGAAGAUCUCAGGCAGUUCACAGCAUAAACCUACAUGAUCAAAAUACAUAAUAAAAACAAGAACAAAACAAUUACACCCCCCCUUGUGUGUACACAUGAGAUUAUUGAGACUUUGAAUGUAAAUGAAUUAUGUAAAGGUGCAUUUAGGGCUACUAUACCUUGCAAGAAAUGUCUAGUUUGUUGUAUGCCUUAUUAUGGAUUAAUAAACCAGUGAAAGGAAAAUAUAUUGUGAACUCUAAAAUAUUUCUAUGUGUAGCAAUAUUUUUGCUUGUGCUUUUGUGAUUAGAAUGCAGUUCUUUCUUAGACUCAGUGUGUGGGAUAUAGUGUUAUUCAUACGCAGAAUAAAUCUAUUGAAAUCAGUGAACUUCACUCCAUUGAUUUCGGAAGAUCUACUCUAUGACUUGGUUGGAUAUCACCCAGUGGGUGUCCCUUUGGCAAGUUGUCAUCUUUCAGUUGCAUCUGUUACAUGAUAAUAAGCAGCUGACAUGUCAGGUCUGCUGUAUUAUUCACUGUAUUAAUGAUCAGAUAUGGUACUUUUCCUUAAAGUAAGCAUUUCUGAGUCUUUUUUUAAUUGCUUUUUCAGCUUGUCAAGAUUCCCAAAACUGAUCUCCCAAAUGAAGUGCAUACCUUUAAUUUCUAUUUGUCAAAUGUUGGCAAAGAUAAUCCUCAGGGAAGCUUUGACUGCGUCCAGCAAACUGUUUCAAGGUAAUGUUUAUGAAAGGGAAAUGAAAUUGUUUGUUUUUAAUUGCUGCUAUGAUCUCAAGAGUAAUUGCAAUGAACUAUUGAUGAGGAAUCCCUCUCCAAAUUUAAACAUUACUUUAAAAUGUGCUACAAUAUGCUGCAGAAUGCAGUUACCUGUCUGGGAAAUAAUCUUGUUGAGACUUAGUGUUUGACAAAAAAUGUCACUUCUUUCCCUUCUGCUAUUUGAUAUGAAGUCCCUUCCACUCUUUAUCCUAUAAAUGUGCCAAAGUAUCCUGUCCAAUUUACAUUAUUGAGUUUCUUUCUACCAGGCAUACACAUGUGAUGCUUAGAGAUGAUCCACGGUGCUCACACAUUUAAUAAAGAGCAUAUAGAAAGAGCUGUUUACUUUUGUUACUCAGCCUGCUAAAUAUGGCAGAUGCACCCAGGAUACUACUGAUGAAUCAUGCCUUUGCUAUAGAAUGGAAUGAAAGGAAUGUUAAUAUGUAUUCUUGGCACAAUUGCUUUGUGUGUAUUAUAGAAAUUUAGUUCAAAUUUCUUUAAGGCUACAGCCUCUUGGAAACGACUUAUUGUGGCUUCUUCUGUAGGCACCAGAAUAUUUAAUCUAAUGAUCAGUGGGGGGUUGAACAGAUAAGUGUCUAUUUAGGCACGUUUUGCCUUUUUGUAAAUUCUUGAUCUUGAAGCACCUGUAAAUAUUACUAUGAGUUGGUGGAAUAUGGAGAAGUCCGCACUUCUAUGUAUAUAUACUGAUUUCUGAGUAAAAAUGUUUAGGAUCAUUUUUGUAAAUUUUAAGUGUCAAAUCUAGUUCUUAAGUCUGGCUCAAAUGCCUCUUCAUGAUGGGCAGCUAACUAAAAACGUUGGCCCAGUUCUGCUAAACCAUAGGUUAGCUAUGUGCAGAAUCAGAGAGGAGCUGCUAUGAGUCUCGGGCUCUGGCUCCCACUCUUCUCUCUUCAUUCUAUAAAGCCAAGUGGAAGAAGAGUUCCUCAACCCUGACUUUCAGUCACCAGGGAGGAAUGAGCAUCGUGUGAGACCAAGACUCACGGUGAAUCUAUCCUCUUUAUACACAGAGCACUUAACCAUGGUUUAGCAUUACGUACAAACUAGACCACUAAGAAUUGUCUAGGAUCAACAACAGGAGAGGACUUUUGUUUUCUAGCCCUGAUUAUGGGGUGUCCUGAGGCAUCUGAUUGGCCAAAACUGGAUGUUAGACUGAUUCAAUUUUUGAUCUGAUCCAUCAAGGCUGCUCUUAAUUUUUUCACCAUAUUCAUUGCUUUUGCUUUAAGAAAUCAAUUCAUUUCACUUCCCUUCUGCAGUAUAUUUAUAUAAACCACUAUGCUGUUUUAUGUUGUUGCCUGAGUUCUCUGUUACAAAAACAUCUAUUACAGAUUUAUAUACAAAACUGGCAAACAGAUGAAUAUGUUACAGUCCAUAACUUGGCUUUAAAUGACCAGAAGGAAAUAAAAUAGUAUCUUUUCAUACUUAGUUUUGCUAUAUCUUUGCAUCUACAUCCAAAUGUUUUAAAUAAGGAUUUUUCCCCCUCAUUAUUGCUUAGUACCGGAACUUCCCAGCUCAGUUGCUUGGGGUUUAUACAGGACAAAAUCACAGUAUGUGCAACAAAUGAUUCUUACCAAAUGACUAGAGAACGUAUGACCCAAGCAGAAGAGGAGUCUCGCAAUCGAAGUACAAAGGUCAUAAAACCUGGUGGACCAUAUGUAGGUAUGACUGUCUUCUUCUUUUUUUCUCCCCCUCUGUAACAGCCUGAUGCUAACUGUUGUAACGGUUGAAGUAUAACCUGUUGGUUUCAGUGAACCUUACUGCUAUGUAAACAUAUAUAGGACUGCAACGUUCAUACAUUGCCUUUUUUUUUUUGAAAGCAUCCAUAUGGCACCAGAAUACACUGUUUGAGAGGAAACGAUGGUUGACAUUUGUGCUAUGGGAAUGACUAUCUGUUAGUGAUGUAUCUCUUGAUCCUGAUGGCAUCAUGUCAGGUUCAUCUGAAUUCUGCUGCUGGAUACCAUAGUUACCGUUUGAACAAUAAUUUUAAUGCAUUUCAGGACUCUGCAGAUAUAAGUUGCUGUUUUAAUAUCUUUCUGAUUUUAAGGAGUAGAACAUUAGUAUCUUAAAAUCAUAGAACUGGAUUUAGAAGGGAUCUCAGAGGUUAUUUAGUUCAGUGUCCAAAUUUAUGUUGGAGGCAGUAUUUUAACAGGAUUUUAGAUGGCACUAGCAGCUACAGUGUACAGUGAUGGAAGAGCGAUAUGAAGAAGAGAGAUUAAUUGAGACACCAGUUUUGCCAAUUUAUAUUCUGUCAGAUGUGUUAAAUAAGUUAGACCAUAUGCAGAGAUACUUUGACCCAGACAUUUCUGUGUGCAUUAAAAAAAAUGUAUGUCCAGUGUCUGCAGAAGUUGUGCCAGCUGAAGUUUUUGACAGCUGCAGCUGACAUACCAAGUGCGUAGGUAUUAAAGCUAGAAUAUUUAUGCUGCUGUCUGCUAGUUCUUAUACCAGUGGUAGCUACAGGAUUGCUAAUGACGGGAAAUGUAAUAAUAGGUGAUUUGGCAUUCAGUUGUUGUGGUAUGACUUCCUUCACAAUCCUAUAUAGGUCUAUUCAGGAGUAAGACUUACUGAAUUCAGUGGGGCUUGUUCUCAAGCAAGGGAGUAUAGGAUUUGUAGCCUGAGUAAAGGAAAAUGGAGAGACUCCAUAUGUAAUCUAUACUAUUUGAUACUCUUUGGUUGUUGGGUAAUGUGCCAGGGAAGGCUCAGCUUCCUGAAGAGCCAUAGAGAUAAGGUAGGACAGAGAAGGAAGGGUCCUUCUCUAUCCUGCCUUAUCUCUAUGGCUCUUCAGGAGUUUGAAGAAACACAGUAGUGAGGAUUAAGCUGCAUAGGCUAAUAGGAAUCAACUGCAGUUAAUUCAUUUAGAUUAGUGCUUUUAAUUUUUUUUCUAUUUUAAUGUUCUGUAGCAGGAAUUCAAGUUGCUGCAUGUUGUAUAUGAGCUUCAAGUUAUCUUUUACUUUAUUGACUUUAGAAACUUGGGUUGUACAUGCUCGGAAUGGCAUUCUUUGUAAUGCGCUGUCCACUUGGCAAAUCAUUAAACGUCUUUUGGAAGAAAAGCUAAAUUUUAUAAAAUUAGCCAAUUUUUUUUUGUAACUCUUAAUUUCUAGUCGCAUUAUUCUUCUUUUAUUGUUUUCUUUGGCAAUCUAUAAGGUAGAUGGCUAUGAUUCUCACUUCACAGAUGGGCAAAGGAUGCCAAAACUCCAGACUUGUUCAUGCAAACAUAUUUUUGCCAAGUGAAACCUAGAGGAAUAGUAAUUUUCUAGCAUUCUCAAGCAAACUGUGUCAUGAUGUAAACAGAUCAUUUAAUCUGUAUUUGCUAUUAGCAGUAAACAUUUAACUUGCAAAGAAUGUUUUGGUUCUGGUGAAUUUGUUGUUUGCAGUAGAUUAGAAUUAGAGAAGCAUUUGGUUCUUUUUUGCAAUAGUAAAAUGCUAGUCAAGUUGCCAAUAUAUUAUAUAAUAACUGGGAAGCUAUUAUGUUAACUGGGAGGAAGCUAUUUCUAAAACAAGAAAAUAACAACCUGAUUUAUGAGAGAACAUCUACUGAAGUGUUAUUACAGGAUGGCUGAAAUAAGAUAAUAGUUUAUUUAAAUAACAUAGGUUUUACCUGUGUUUGGUUAAGUGUGUUAGGUUUUUUAUAAAAAAAAAUAACAAAGGUUUUAGUAUAGCAGUAAUAAAACCAUCUAGUUUUCUGUCUUUUACCUUUAGUUGGCCUCCAAAGCAGUGAGUUUCCUAGUAUAAUCCAGUUCUACAAAACAUUGUCAUCCGCUUUCUCAGCCAGUCACCUCCUAACUCACGACACCAAAGAACUCUAAAAUAGCCAUGUUCCCAAGCAUUAGUAGCUGUUGUUGAAACCACGUCAUCCGUUGUUCAGAUCUGGGGUCUGUGUGUAUGUGGAAGGAGUUCAGGUGGUUUUCAUUAGAACUCCUCCUCCCACACAGUUACCAAGAUUUACAGAAGAGAUGAAGCACUGCAGAACUUUUUUAAAAGGCACAGCUCUUGCCAAAUAAUUUUGAAUGCUUGUGGUGAUGCAAAGCUCUUUUCCUGGAAAGAUACAGCAAAGCUUCAGAACCAAAGCAUGCUAGUUGUGGGUUCUUCAGAGAAACUUCAUAGCAACUAUUUUGACUGGCUGUGGAAAUAACUAGGCAUAUUGGAUCCUGCAAUAUUAACGAGAAACAUAUUUGCUUAUCAUCUUUAGUGGUCUGUCGUAACUCUGUGUGGCAUAGGUUAGAGUGAGCAAUAUCAUAGCGGUCUUUUGUAGUAAUAUAAAUAUAGUUCACCACUUUGGGGGCCUUUGGACUAAAAACUGUAUAUAAAUAAACCAUAUCCCACAAUAAACUUGUUCAAAGCAACCUGGUGAGUUUAGCCAUGUAUGGCUUUGAAUUUGGGCAUUUCACUGACUUGGAAGACUAGUAUCUAUCAGGUGUCAAAAGAUCAAUUAUUUCAUUUAUAGCUGCCAGGAAACUGCUAGUAAAAUUAGAUUGUCUCUCCUACUAAAUUUUGAAUCCAUUUUGCCCUAUUUAGAAUUUGUAAAGCGCAAUAGCAAGGGUACCAGUCAGUGAUCCUUGGACUUAGUUUCAUUAAAAAGAACAGUUGAGAGCAGAGGAUACGGACACACACCAGCAGAAAAUUUAAUACUAGAAGAAAAUAAUACCGACAAAAAAAAGAGAGAGAAUGGUUCAGUUUCAUCAACUAGCACAUAGUGGACUCACCUAGUCUGUUGCACUAGCAGGAUGCCACAGUUAAAUUUUACAGAAUAAAAAGAGAUGGGUUGAUGAUCCCACAAAUUACAUAGCCUUAACAUUGACCAAACUUGCCCGUUGGAAAUAUACUGCAGGGAUUUACUUGAGUCUUAAAUUAUAAGGUAAUGAAAUUAUAUCCACUGUUACCGAUAUUAAUAUAGGCUAUAGGCACAAAGAAGGAACAAAUCUCUAAAACGGUUGGAAAUCCUUUUUUUUUUAAAAAAAUCCCCAAUAUGUCAUAAAAACUUGAGUCAAUGAAUCUGUUUUCUCCAGCAGUCAGUUUGGAAGUAAAUUUUGGGUAACUCGUUUGUGUCUAAGGUGGAGAGAAAUGAAAACGGUUGUUUAUCUUGCAUAUAGGUAAAAGAGUACAAAUUCGGAAAGCGCCACAAAGUAUUCCAGAUGCAGUGCCUGAAAGGAAAAGGUCCACUCCCAUCAACCCAGCAAGUACAAUACGCAAGACGCAUACAAACAACAGUAUUUCUCAGCGGCCAUAUAGGGAUAGAGUGAUUCACUUAUUGGCACUGAAAACCUAUAAAAAACCGGAGCUUCUUGCUCGCUUACUCAAAGAUGGUGUUAGUCAAAAAGACAGGAAUUCCCUUGCAAUUAUUCUUCAACAGGUGAGAUUCUUUGUUUUACUCUCCUAUCCUUUCUCAUGUUUUUGUUUUCAGUGGUUAUGGUACAUAUAUUGCCAUGCUUAAACUAGUGGUGUUAUGCCAAAUUAGUUUUUGGGGUUUUUUGUUUUUCUUUUGCAUAUCUUGAAAAUGCCUCCAGUUUUGCCAACAUCCAUCUAUAUAAAAAACUGCAGGUUUGGGUCUAAACCUAAAGACUCUUGUAACAUGUUCCACAGUGUGGUUUGUGUAAAAGCUCUUGAGAUAAAACUUGUGCAUUAGCUUGCUCAAAUGGGAGGACUACUUUGAAUCUGGGGUCAUAUUUUUCAUGACCAAGCACAUUUAUGCUUGGUCAGAAACAGCACUUGAAUGAAAAAGUGAAGGAAGGCAUCUUUGCUUCCAAGCCAAUGGAUUUAAACAACCCAGUUAAAAAGAGCAUUUUUUUAAAAUUCUCAUUUUAAGACUUGAGAAAACAAACUCCUCAAUAAAUUUUUCUCUUGAUAUUUUAAAGAGGGAGAAUUUUUAUGCUUUAAACUUGAAACUAUAAUGCUUCCUCCCCCCCAGCUAAAUUAAUUUUAUUAGCUGAAGGAGAAAUCUUACUAGGAAGUGAUUAUAAUGGGGUCUUUAAAUUGACAAGAAUAAGAAAAUAGAAAAUAAGACUAAGCUACUUCCAAAAGAAUUUAGAAAAAGCGUGGGCAGAAGAGAACUCUUUUGCUAAAUGCAAGCCUUCAAAGUGGGAUAAUGAAGUAAUUCCAUGCGUGUAAAAAUGUAGACUCUUCUUUCUACAGAAACUACAAGGUAGCUGAGAAGUAUAUUUCAGAAGUCUUGACUGAGUAGAAUAUCUGAAGUUAACUCCUACUGACACAGCAUUGCUGUAUUCCUACUCUCACUGCCAGAGAGGCAACCUGGUUUUUAAGCUAAACAGCAGUUUGCUUCUUCAGAAACUGCUGCGCCAAGAACAAUAAGCAAAGUUCCAGCUUCAUGUGCAAUUCACUCCUGCACAUGCAGAUCUUUUCUUUGGAAUAUAGCCAUCGUUUAGGUAUCUGGGAUACACAGCUAUACUUGAUUGGUGUUUAAAAGUGACCGCAUAAAAUAGUUGAAUAAUUUCAUAUUCGGUUAUCUUUUAAGCACUUACUCAUAUCACUCUAGACACUGGCGGAGGAAGGUGGGUGCGGGGGGGUGGCGCACUGCUCUGGGUGUCAUCCCUGAGCAGGGGUGACAUUCGGUGCUCCACCCGCCCACAACUCGGGACUCCCACGCCUACCGCGAGCCGUUGGGGGAAGGGGGGAGUUGCUGCGCCGCUUUGCCGGUUCCUUGCUCUCCCCUUCCCACUCGCCUGCCUCCUUCCCAUCCUAUCCCCUGCCUGCCUGCUUGCCUCCUCCAGCCAGGAGCAUGGCACAGUAGCUCCCCCCUUCCUCUGAUGGCUGGCAGUAGGCGCAGGAGUCAUGGACGGGCAGCGCACCAUUUCCCCGUGCUCCCGGCUGGAGGAGGCAGACAGGCAGGGGAGAGGACAGGAAGCAGGCAGGGAAGCGGGAAGGGGAGAUUGCGGGAAGUGGGAUCGGUGGGUGCACGCGUGUGGCUAUCCUGCGCCUGGAAGGACACCCUCCACGCCCCUCGGGAACGCUUCCGCCCUGGGCAGUGCGGGCAUAUGCUCCGCCACUGAUUCUAGAAAGUGCAAAGAUUCCAUGGUUUACAUAGGUUUUACGAAUAUGGAAUGUUCUGGUGGAUGGGGCAGUGAUUUAGGGAAGAAAGCAGAUAUCUUAGGCCAGUUGAGAGAUCAGGGUUAGCUAAAAAUUCUGCUUUUCGUUAUCUACGAAGAAUAAGGAAGGAAAUAAAUAUAUGUCUUAAAAAACAAGUGGGAUAAACAUAAGAAAGAACACCAGCUAUUUUGCAGUAGUUUUAGUAACCAAAGCAAUUUAGGAGGAUAAUUAGGUAACGUUAAGGUGUAGAGAAAUGCAGGAUUAGACUAAUAUGUUGAAUUGUACAGGUUAAAACGUAGGAAGGGAAAAUGCAAUGUCGGCCACCUCUUUUUCAGAAUAUAUACAUUCACACAUAUUUCAAUACUGUGUGACCUAGGUAUGUGAUAAUUUGAACCAAAUUUGUGCUUAGGAUGGAAUCUGGAUGUAUUCAGUCAUCAUAUCAGAUCAUAUGUCUGUUUAACCGUAUUUAAUCAUGUGUAUGUAUAUGUUUUGUAUUUAAAACAUUUCUAUGAGUCUGUGUGCAAACACAUACAUUGAAUAAGCAAAACUAUUUUUAACAUGGUAUUUAUAUUCUCUUUAAACUCAUGGGAUAAAUCUAUAUGUAGCUGUUGUGGCUUUUACAUCAGUCUUGCAUGGUACUUACCCAAAUUUUAUCUGUAGCUUAUUUCUUUAAUAAUAUUUCUAUACCACUUGUAUGGUGAUUUACACUUGGCAAAGUUAUUUACAAGAGUAAAUAAUACUAAGAAGCCCAUUCACAGGAAUAAAACUAGGAAGGGUGUAGUGCUGCCAGUCAGGGAAAGUCUGAUUAAGUGGGAUUUUAGGAAGCAGUGGACAAAUCCAACAGUCUGUGCCUCCCAAACAUUGGAGUUGGGGGAAGGCAUUCAAUAGAGUAGGCACCACUGUGGAGGAGACCUGCCUUCAUGGUUUGCUGUGUUGAACACCAGGUUCUGUCAACUUGCUGAUACUGUUUGUAUUUUUAUCUCUUUAUCUGUAGGUAGCGAAUUUGAAUCCAAAGGACAACUCUUAUACACUGAAAGACUAUGUUUAUAAGGAAGUUCAGAAAGACUGGCCUGGGUACAAUGAAAUAGAUAAACAGUCGCUGGAAUUAAUACUCUCCCGGUAAGUUCAAUCCCUUCUUUGUAAUAUGUUGACUUGAAAACAGAAGCUAUUUGCUUCCUACAGAUAAUAACUGCUAGAACAUCGUUAACUUGAUAUUCCUUGUAACCUGGAAUGUGGGUGAUCUUUACAGAAAACUCAAUUCAUCUCAGAAUGUCACCAGCACCGGUCACUUGGAAUCUCCUCUGGGUUCUCAAAAAGAUGCUGCAUCUGCUUCUCCUUCCCAGGUAUUUUAUUUAUCACUCUUUAUACCCUGAUUCAUCCAACAAGGCAACACAUAACAAAUGCUGAGGUAUGUUUGGAAGCUUCAGCUGAGUAGUGGGAAAGAGCUAUGUCAGUGGUAGAGCACACUCACUUGGCAUGCAGAAAGGUCCUAGGUUCAGUCCUGGCAUCUUGUCUGAAGUUCGAAAGAGCUGCUACCAGUGUUGGAGCGUAUGCCCACGCUGCCUGGUGCGGGCAGGGCACAGAGUUCAGGAUUGGAGAGGGGCAGGAAAGCUCCUGCCCAUUCUCCUACUGCUCUCCACCUCCGGGUCAGACGUGACUCGGCAGUGGAGCUACUGCAGCCAGGCACAAGGCACCUCGCAGCCAAGGAGGGUGGGUGGCAGCCGCUCUCCAGAAGUGACCCAGUGGCAGAGCUGCUGCUGCCAGGCGCAAGGUGUGCCGUGGAGGGUGGGCAGCAGCUCUUCCACCCACUUGCCUGCUCUCCUUCCCCCGGGUCAGGCCUGACCCAGGGGGUGGAACUGCAACAGGCACAAGUGUCGAUGCCAAGGCAUAGCUUCUUCUGGCACGGAGCCAGGGUCUGAUGAAGGAGCCUGCUGUGGGGCGCCUGUUUGUGCCCUUUCAAAAUUGCACCCGGGGCCACGGCACCCACCACGCUACACCUCUGGCUGCUACUAGCCACUAUGGACAACACUGAACUAGAAGGUUGAGUGUUCCAGUUUGAUAUAAGGCAGCUUCUCUUUCUCUGAGUAUUUCUAUAGAUAUCUAUAUUAUGGUAACACCUGUUUUGGAGAGGGAAUUACAACAGUCUUCCAAAGUUGAAAAUAUUGCACUUAUAGAGUGGCUUAAAAUUCCUAAUAAGUGUUCCAAGAGAAAAAGAAUCAGGAGCAGUUCUAAUCUGCCUUAAGGAGGAAGAAUGACUUUUUGUGCUUGCUUUUGGUCUGCUGGUUUCUGUCUCUUCUGUGCGCUCUCUCUGACUCACAUCUAAUUUAAAUCUGUUGUGUAGAUUGGUGCUGAGCCCUUCUGGUAAGAUUUCCUGCACUGUACUGAAACAGUCCAUGUCCUCACAGAUAUGAGUCAUUGGACACAACCCACUUGACUACUUGAGCAUACACCUGGCAUUAGUUGCCUUUCCAGUUUAGCAGCCCCAUGCCACCAAAGCACAUUUUAAGCUUUUCAGUUUCAAAAUGUGGCUUCUUGUUUCCCCGGGAAAGUGCUGAUUUGGCAAAGUAGCAUCUAGCUUGGGUGUGUGCAUGCGUGCUCUUGGGCACAUAUUCACUCUGUGUUUUUUAAAAAACAACUCCACUAUUGGGUGAGAGCGACUUCAGACAAUAUUGGAAUUAUUCUUUCCUCCCAUGUGAAAAAGUCUGGUCCUAUCCUGUAGCAAGGUGAAGCUGAUCAUUUCAGAUAGCAUAGGUGAAAGGGAUUGAUGAAUGCAGAAAUUAAUGUCUGAAGAGUGUAGCAAAACUUAAAAAGUUGAUUCUUUCAUGGUAAGGAGUCACAAUUUGAUGCUUUGCUUCAGGCAGCAAAAUAUUUUGGGCCAUGGCUGCAUGUGGACACGAGAAAUUAGGACAAGGAACGUGUGUUUAGUGUUUUCAGAAAAUAUUUAGCACCAGUUGACAUGUUAAGUACAAACAUUGUUCCUUUAAUAUCUAAAUUAUCACAGUGUGAAUUAUUUGGUUUUCUUAAGAUCUUAUCAACGUCCAACAGAGAAUUCCCAUGGCACCAUAAAUAAAAUCCAUUGCAGGAGCUCCCUUCUGCUCACACAACUCUUCUUCUAAAGCUUGAAAUAGUGUUCCUUUAUCUUCUAUAUUUGCUAUAUAACUAUUUCUAAUUGUCAUUUCUUAAUAACUGCAAAAAUAACAGUGCUCUUUGCGUGCCUCAAUUUAUUGCAGAAACGGCUUUUGGAUUCUGAUUUUAUCGAUCCUUUAAUGAGCAAGAAACCAAGGAUAUCUCAUCUUACCAAUAGAGUUCAACCAACACUAAAUGGUCACUUGACUGCUUCUGGUGAAAAGAAUGCUGAAGCUUCUCAGCCUCCCCCUCCCCCUGCAGUUGCUGCAACACCAGCUGCUCUGCCACUUCCUCCAACUUGCCUUCCUGUUUCAAAUCCUCCUCGGACUGUGAAUUCUAACUCCAAUUCCCCCAGCACUCCUGAAGGCCGGGGGACUCAAGACCUGCCUGUUGACACUUUGAGUCAGAAUGGCAGCAUUUAUGGGGACCAGCAUCAGAAAUAUACUUCUAGGACUCCGCUGGAAAUCCCAGCACCUGCUGAAGAUCUGUCAGUGUGCCCAAAGUCUACGGAUGAGAAACACUCAGCGUUGCACAAAAAAUCCAAGAAGAAGUCCAAGAAGCAUAAGGAGAAGGACCAAAUCAAAGACCACAACACUGGGAAUGCUGCAGAGAAGGAGAGAGACUGUGAAAAGAAGGAAAUUGUCAAACUGAAGAACUCCAGCCUGAAACUGAUUGAAGGUAUUGUCAUUGCUUUUCACUUUGGACGACCAAGGCACCUAUGCCCUAUAAUUACAUUAGCACUGAAGCAUGGGAGUUAUUUGCCCAUGGUAAUACCUGCAUACAGUAAUACCUGCAUACAGGUAGACAAGGGAUAGUUGAAUGAAGUGGUUACCUCCCAUGCCAACCCCUCCCUUGUCUCCAGGAUGCAGGCAUUCCUGUUCUUAGUGCAGGAUGGGGCCAGCCCAUAAGCAGUUAAACCCAUGCAAAUGUAAUACAUGGAAAUUCCCUGUCUCUUUCCUUUUGGCUGAACUUGAAAUCGGUUGCCAACGACCAAUGUAUAUUCAGAGCCACAUGAAUGAAAGCUUUAUACGGUGUAUAUAUCUUGCCUCCGAACAAUUUCUCUAAUCAGCUGAAGUAUAUAUUUGUACGCCUGUUCUUGUAAGGUUGUUUUUCUCUUUAUUAACUUGCAUACACAGUUUCAGUGCUGGAGAGAAGUAACAGCUGCAAAAAGCUGUGGGAAUGUACUCUUGACCAUCAUUUAUUCUAACCUGCCCCACAGAUUUUCUUUGUAUUGAUUUAAUCUAGUGGGUGGGACAGGAAUAAUAUUUAAAUCAUUGACAGUAAUGAACCCAGUAUGCAGCAGUCUACAAAUUUUGGCUGGCCUUGAUUAUCAGCCGCAAACUUACAGUCACCAGGGCACUGUCUCACCUCGGAGUUGAGUUUUGAGAAGGUCUACUGGGGUGUUGCUGAAAUCACAAUACUUAGAGAUAAGCCCCAGCAUGCUUGCAACUGAAGAGUAGGGCUAGGGUUUGCUUUGUACUUCGAAGUGUCUCAAGAGCAGAGAGUCAAGGUGACAAGCCCCCACUCCCCAUAUGAUAUAGGCUGGAGCUAUGCAUAAACAGCCGAAAGGCACAAGUUUGUUAUAUUGACUACUGUGACCACACUUGUGGCCCAAUUCAAGAACCACACCUCAUAACUUUUCAGAUAGCGAAAAAUACAACCAUGACUGAUGGCUGUAGCCUGGUUAAGUUAUUGGUGCACAUUAUUAAAGUACAUAGGCAUUCCAUUAGUAAAUAGCUAGAAAUAAUUAUUCAUACCAUUCUUUCAAUUUCUCAACUGUUAGAUUUGACAUUGUCUCAAGACACAGUAUUUAGAUACAGAGUUCCAGGCUUCCCCCAAUAGUUGUAGUGACAGCCACUCAGGGAACUUGAGUUGUUAUCCUGAAAGUUGACCACCUAUCUGUUGCCUUCCCUAUUUUAGAAAGGAUACAAAGAUGCUGUGGUUAAAAAAACCCAGACAGGGAGGAAAUAUAGCUGCUAUUUUUUUAAAAAGUUAUUGAAUAUCAGCAAUGGCACUGUGAUUUGUAACUUUCUAAAGGACCUAUGACACACUUUGUAGAGCCAAAUUUAGUUGUGAACUAUUAAAACUAUUUUGUGAAGUUAAAUAAAAAGUUGACUACAUAUUUGAACAAAUUCCUGUUUAAAUAUUAUUGCUGACUAGAUACAAUAGAUUUCCAAUUCACUGAGGCUCAUGACUUGGUUGUCCUAGUCAGGGCCUGGGACAAUAUGAAUUGUCUUUGUUUAGUUGCUUGGUCGCACAGGGUACUAUCACAGAUUCUUGGUCUUCUUUAUCAGACUAAGUCCAGCUUAAGAAACACACAUUUUAAAAUUAUAUUUUUAGGAAUACGAAAUAAGUUUUUCCUUUUCUAAUGUGUUAACUUGGAUUAUAUAUUGAUAUGAAAUACAUUAACCUACCACUAUAUUUGAUUGUGUUUGUUUGGCAGCAUUUUAAGAAAUCUAUAUAUAUAUUGCCUCACAUGUAAGUGCAAGUGCCUUCUGUUCAUACAAGAAAUUCUUUACAUCCAAGCAAUUAUUUUUAACCCUGCCAUUCUGAUGACAGAUAGAUUCAACCCAGUAAUUGCUUGUCAUCUUAUUUUAUAGUAAAUUAUUUGAUUAUCUUUGCAUAUUCAUAACUUUGUGUGAAGAGGAAGAAUUAGCAGAAAGAAAAGCACUUUGGCAUUCCACUCCAUUGUUGUUUAUUGUGCCCUAGUGAAAGCUGGAUGUUGAUGUAAAACUCCCAUCUCCUUUUGUCCACCGACAUCUGCCACAGAAAUUCUUGAAUUGCUGUGCAGAUGCCACAACUUGUCUUGAAAUAAUAGAAGGCUGACCUUAGGUUAAGACUGGACUGCUUUUAUUGUACGCAGACCAAAGUUCCUUUUGCAUUUUAAGUUCCUGCCAUUGGCUGAUUGAGAAUUUGUCAUGCAACUACUAUUAUAAAUAUUCAAUAGGGUGGUUUGCUCUUAAUUGUCUCUUAAAGCUAAUGCCUAGAAAGGAACCCUCUGUGUAGGCACUUGAAAGUCAAAUCCAGUUUGGUUUGGGAACAAUCUCUUAUCAAAGUGUGUAAACUUGUAUUUCUUUAUAGGUGUUGAAGAGACUUGCGCUUCCACCACAGAUCCUUUGUCAACAAGUGAACUACCGGACUACUUUGUGUAAGUAGGAUAAUGCUGGCGAAAGGGGAUAGAGUGGCAGGAAACAAUUUAUGCAGUGCUCCCUCAAAGUGAAAAAGCACUUAGUAACUAAGAAAGUUACUAAGUAAAGAGGGGAAAGCUGUCUGGAAAUGUUACUCUGUGUAAGAUUUCAAGUAAGGUAAAGGGACCCCUGACCGUUAAGUCCAGUCGCGGACGACUCUAGGGUUGUGGCGCUCAUCUCGCUUUACUGGCCAAGGGAACAGGCGUCUUGUCCGCAGACAGCUUCUGGGUCUUGUGGCCAGCAUGACUAAGCUGCUUCUGGCGAACCAGAGCAGCGCACGGAAAUGCUGUUUACCUUCCCGCCGGAGCGGUACUUAUUUAUCUACUUGCACUUUGACAUCUUUUUGAAAUGCUAGGUUGGCAGGAGCAGGAGCAAAGUGAUCUCACCCCAUCGUGGGGAUUUGAACCGCCGACCUUCUGAUCGGCAAGCCCUAGGCUCUGUAGUUUAGACCACAGCGCCACCUGCGUCCCAUUUCAAGUCUAUUUCAAGUAGACUUGCGUUAUUGCAGCUCUGCCAUGACUUUCCCUCCAAUUCCCAUGCUGAAGAGAAAAGUCUCUUAGUUGAUAUGCCAUCUCGAGGACUGGUUGUGAAUAAAGUUCAUGUUUACCUCACCUCUGGCCUUUUCAUAAGAAUAAAAUAGUCAAAAGUACCUGUGUUCUUUGGAUAGCUUGUCUGCCAUCUUGAUUCCUGGUAUUGAGAUCUGCCCGUUCAUCCUUCCAGAAAGUGUAAUCUGUUAAAAGAGUAACUCUCUUAGAUGAGAUAGCUGGCUGAAUUCAAAUUGUUCCCAGAAGUUUGGAGUCAAAUGACUCUCAGCAACCUGCACAGGGAAAAGCUCGGGCAAAUGGUAAGAAUUAACGCUAAAGGGGUCCUGAACCACAUAUGAUUCGGAUCUUGCGAAGUAGUCUAAGCCAGCUCCUAUGCAGUUCGCUCCCUUCUAUGUAUGUAUCUUGGCUUUAGCAUCAACUGUCACAGUGAUAGAGCAAAGGUUUGACUUAAUUAAUUCAUGGCAUUUGUAUGUUGCUUUUCCUACACUCAGAGAAGCUUGCAAAAUAAGUGUACUUACACAUUUAAAAGUAGUAAUAGAGAACAAUCCUAAGCAACUCCUUGACAGGAGCAGCUUAUCUUAUGGAGCCCAGCAGCAGCAGGAGCCUCCCGACAGCAGGGCCACUUCCACUUACAGGGAGUGGGGAGGCGGUGGCAAGGUUGGGGCUGGUAGAGCUAAUUCGCAUUCCCAAAGGGGUGUGCACAGAACCGCAACCUCACCGCCAUUUCACCCCUCGUAAGCAACAGUGAUGCUUCUUCCUAGAGGCUGUUGCUGUGGUUCCACCCCACUCAGUGAGUCAUGUCUGCUCCUUCACAACUUUGUAUUUUGCAUCAUAGUAUCACUUCAUAAGGGACGUGGAUGGCGCUGUGGGUUGAACCACAGAGCCUAGGACUUGCCAAGCAGAAGGUCGGCGGUUCGAAUCCCCGCAACAGGGUGAGCUCCCGUCGUCUGGUCCCUGCUCCUGCCAACCUAGCAGUUUGAAAGCACAUCAAAGUGCAAGUAGAUAAAUAGGUAGCACUCCGGCGGGAAGGUAAACAGCGUUUCCGUGCGCUGCUCUGGUUCACCAGAAGUGGCUUAGUCAUGCUGGCCACAUGACCCGGAAGCAGCAGUACGCCGGCUCCCUCGGCCAAUAAAGCGAGAUGAGCGCCGCAACCCCAGAGUCGGUCACAACUGGACCUAAUGGUCAGGGGUCCCUUUACCUUUACCUAUCACUUUAUAGCUUUCUGUUGAAAAGCACUUCAUAUUUUCAGUGAUGUCUGACACUAUUUCUGAAUUUAUUUGUUUUGGGCUUUUUGUUUGGUAUGUUCUGCAUCCAUUUUGUUCCCUUGGCAGCGGCUGAUUAUAAACACCAUUUUUUCUCCUUUCCCUUUUCGCCUUUUAAUUUGGCCAUGGCAGUCCAUGUGAUUUUGUUGACAACGGCACACUAGUAUGCCUUGCAAUUUUGUGGCGCAGAUGCAAACAAAAUCGUGUGGGUCACCCUUGAUAAAUGGCAUCGAAAGCAAAAGGGAGUGAAAAAGAAUAAUGGGACACAAAAGCCACUGCAGUCAAGGAAACAAAUAGGCAUCAAAACAACAUGAAUGUAUGGCUGCAUGAAUAUUCCUGUGGCCUAGCAGGCUACACCUGUUUUGAAAAAGCCAUUGCAAUGCAGACUGUUUAUAAUAAAAACAGCAAAACUCUUCAUGUAAAAAAUACUAUUGUUUUGACUUUUCUCUGCUCCUCUUCCCCAGAAUAUGUCUGUGCUUCAAAAUCAUUGUUGUUUUUCUAAAAGUUGAAAUAGAUCAUGUGGAGUGUGUGUGCUUCUUAGAUGAGAUAGUGGUGGGGGAAGUAAAAAACAAAAAUAUUGUCCAAUCAACUAAGCUCACUUAUUUUUUUAAAGCAUUCCCACCCAGCUGUUCAUCUGAAAAGGCUCCCAGAGUGCCUCACAAAGACCAGUGAUAAGACAGUCUCUGCCCUCAGGCUUAAAAAGAGACACAAAAGAAAAAGAGAUUAGGAUGAAGGAAGGGGAGGGGGAGUUGGGCAUUAGUUCUCAGUUAAGUUUUUCUAAUGACCAGCUGAGAGAGAAAUGGUUCAAGGAGAGGAGGAGCCAAUAGUUGCUCUUCUUCUGCUUAAGUCUUCCUCUUUUCUGCAACCUGAUGGAAUAGCUGCUGUCAGGCGAUAGUUGAGGAAGCUGAAACAUCUGGUGGAGCUGGCCUCUCAGCAGUGCCAGUGGUGUGGGACUGCAGCCUGCUUGGGGUGUAAACAUUUCUACAACUAGAACUUUGCACUGUUCAGACAUAACAUCUCCUCUUGGUAGAUGUCCAGUUUGCAGCAGUCACAGAUUUAGCUAUUAGCUAAUUAUUAACUAGUUAGUGCUAUUGUAGAAAUCCUGCUGAAAAGUAACUAUUUUCAAACAUCUGGUUGCUGAUUUUCAGUAUGUCCUGUUUGUAAUUGUUUCUUGAGACAAAGAAAAUGAAAUGCACAUUUUUAUGAGUUACUUGAAAUGCUUUUCCAACACCCCUAUGUGUUGGAAAGAGAUUUACUUCUCAUUCUCUAACAAGAUUUUUUUUAAAAAAAACCAUCUGUACUGGGGAUUUAAAUACAUGCAGUAAACCUAAUAACCCUUGGUGUAAAAAAAGGGGGGGGAAGAGCAGUGUGUGCUUUUGAAUGUUGUGAAUCGAAAUGCUGACACAACCUUGCCCAGUAGUGCUACUGUACAACAGGGCGGUGAGAGUGCAAUGACUCCAAUCAUGUUCACAUGACCCUUGUCCCUGGAAUCACGCUGCCUGCACAUGUCUAUCGCAUAUCAGCUGUAACUGGCACAGAGCCCUGUUUUGUUCUACUUGGGCAGCACACACUCCUUUUGUGCAGAAAAAUCUGAGACGAUGGUGUCUUGCAUUCCUGUAGAAACUCACUUGACGGUGUGGCUAGCAAUUUCUCUCCCAAAGGCACUGUUUGUUAGCAGUCAUGCAGAAAACAGAUAAAGGGUUGCAAGGCCAGUGGAAUAAUGUUUUUUUUAAUCUACAGUGCUGCCUAUGUACAUGGCGUUUUACAAAAAGAGAGAAAACGGGUCUUUAAGCACCUGCACUCUAAAAAUAGGCACAAGGGAAAUAAAGGAAGUGGAGAAUGAUGGAGGCAGUAGUAAAUAGAAGUAGAAUGUACCAUUAUUUCUCAUAAAUGUACUUGGGUUUAGUUACAAUCGGCUAUCGGGACUGGGGGUUGUCCCAGAGGCUUCAUAACAUGGCAAAUGCGGGUUUUGAGGAAGUACUUGAAGAGAGUAAACAACAUGGAAGUGUUCAGGAAGACAGUUUUGGGUAGAAGUUAUUUCAGGUAGGAGAAGACCUUCAGAUAGUUGAGGAGGGUGGAGCUGUAUGAGUAAUAGCUACAGUUAGGGUUGUGUCAAGAUACAAGAACUGAAUAUGGAAAGGCAAAGGCCAUGGAGGGUUGCGAAGGUACGGAUAAGAAUCUUGUGCAUGAUCUAGGAGCAAACAGGAAGCCAGUUUAGGGAAUUAAAGAGGGCUGUUGCAUGGUCAGAGCAAUGAAAAGGUGAAUAAUGAUAAAGUGAAGGGUAUAACGUAGGACAAUGCAAGAACAGAAAGGAGACAAUCUAUACUAUUGUUCCUUCUAAUUCCCCUAACCCGGCAGAGAGGGAGGCUUGGAGAUAUGUAGCAAUAGGCAGCAAUUAAUUUGAUUGCAUAAAAUGUAUUUCCACUAAAACAUCUUCAGUGAGGUGGAAGCUGUUUAUCUUUCCUCCCACACAAUCGUAGUUGAUACAGUACUGUAACCAUUUCUUAAGUCUUAGCCACCUGGGCUUUUUAUUAACUUAUUUAGUCCACCCAAGUCAUGAGAUUUUGCCUGAUAUUUAAAAGGUCCUUCAGUUGUAUUAAUUGUAGGAAAUAUAAACUAUAAUCAGAUUCACAGAAUAAUUUUAAAAACCAGCAGUGUUUGAUUUUAAUAUUCUUGGUUCCUAUGUAAAAAAUGCAUGUCAUUGUGAACAUUUUUUUGAACAAAAUAACCGGUAACCUGGAGAUUGCAGAAACUAAAUUCUGACUAGUUAAAAGGUGGUUAGAUCACCAUGACAGUGAAGGGGGAAUUAAGUAAUUUAUACCUCUUAAUAAGUUUUUAAGGGGAAGUGAAUUAUGGUAACCUUUAAAAAAAUUACAAUACCAUGAAUUUUAAAUCUUGUUUAUUUUAUUUCUUCUUUUUUUAAAAAAAGAAAAUACAUAGCUAUUAUCUCUUAUGAACAACGACAAAGUUACAAGGAUGACUUCAACGCAGAAUAUGAUGAAUAUAGAACCUUGCAUGCAAGGAUGGAGAGUGUUACUAGAAGGUUUAUGAAACUAGAUGCACAGCGUAAGCUGGUUUCUCCAGGAUCAAAAGAAUAUCAGGUAAAACUUGCUUUCCACCUUCCUCUGAUGUUAAUGUAGCUUUAACCUUCAUCCAAGUAUGCCUCAUGAUUUGGAUUAGUAUUGUUGGACGCACGUUACAUCUGUUCCCCAUGGUAUGGCCAUAAUGUUAAGUUCUAUAAGAACUUUUGACUGUACCUUGUAUGUGCCAAAUCCCUCCAUGGAGGCCUUAUAGAGAAUAACUUUUGGGAAAUGUUCCACAAUUGUGAUCAUUCCUGUCCUGCAGACUUGGUAGAGGCUGGUUCUAUUUUGUAAACCCCGUCACAUCUUUUUAUUUUGGGAAGUGAUGGAUCUUUACUUUCCUUGGCAAGGCUUAAACUAGUAUUGGAUUCUUUUAGGAGAAUUAUUUACAUAUCAAUCAUGAACUGAUCUGCAGUGUUUACUCCCAUUCUCUGGUUCAAACCAAUAUAGUGAUUAGGGAUGUAGGUUCAUCAGUCUUGUGCCCUCAGAUUACUUUAAGAUAAAUGAGAAGUAGUGCUUGCUGCUGGGUCUUAAAACCAAUGAUUAGUGAUGACAAAGAGUUGUGCAAGAGCAGGAUGAUGCUCAUGUUGUGGUAGGAUCAACAAUAUAUUUGUAUAAACUUGGUUCUUUUGUCCUAGCCUCUAACCCCUGGAGUAUUGCUUAGCACAAACACAACAGGAGGAGAGGAGACUUCCUAAAGUGUCUAGUCGGAAAGCUCUCUGAUGCUGAAAGGCAGUGCCCGCAUUCAGCAUUCACAUUCAGCAUAUCUUGGUUUAAUAAACUGAGAUGAACAUUUGCUCACACUGCAAAUGGAAGAGCAAAGGGGCUGUAUGCAUGCAGUGUAAACCAACCAACCAGAAAGCCGCUAAUUAGCCAUAGCUUCCUGUUUCUUUUUUUGUCAGUUUUAUUGGUUUUCCAAAUUUUAGCUUGAUUAUGAAAAUUAUACUAAUUAUUUCCAAAUUAAUACAAUUUUGUUCAAGUGGCUUCCCACAUGCCAUUCUUGAUGCGUCUUUGUCAUCUACUAAUACUGUGUUUCAUACUCCUAUUUACCUCUGGUUAUAUUCCAUUUUAUAAAAUUAUCACUUAGUCAACAGCUGUACUCCUAAUGAUUUCCAUUCAUUGUAUUAUAUUAUUUAACUUUUCAUAUAACAUCAAGUGAGGAGCAAUAUUUCUUUUCUUUUCAGUCCAGAUGUGAUCUGAUAAAUCCAGUUGUUGACAUUCAUUGGUCUUGUGUAUCUGCCAUUAAUGUAUUAAACUGCAUUCUUUGUUGGCUGGUCACAAUACAGUGGUACCUCAGUUUAAGAACAGUCCUGUUUACGAACGAUUCAGUUUAUGAACUCCGCAAAACCAGAAGUAGUGUCCUGAUUUGCAAAUUUUACCUUGGUCUAAGAACGAAAUCCGAACAGUGGAAGGGCACCGGUGGUGGGAGGCCUCACUAGGGAAAGCACGCCUCGGUUUAAGAACGGACUUCCAGAACGGAUUAAGUUCAUAAACCGAGGUACCACUGUAUUGUUGUUCCAUUGUGAUUGGGGUGGACAGCUGAAAUCUCAAGGAUAGCUCCAAUCUUCCUCUGCUCAGUUCCUGUCCCUUCCAUCCCAUAGUAGGAAGUUCCAAAGGAACUAUAGUCUUCUCCUUUCAGUUGGUCAGCUAGAUCAACAGGAAAUUGCCAUUUUCUUCCUCAGUCUGAAGGCAGGGUAUUUUUCUCCAAGUAUAGCUGACAAGUGGUGACCACCGUCCCGCUCCCAUCAGAAGCAUCUCCAGAGACCCUGCACCGCUUCACACAUACGUUGCAAAAUUCCUCUCACCUCCACAGUGACUUUUUACUUUUUGGCCCAUGUUCUUCCUCUUAAACAUAAGUUGUAUCUCAACAUUGCUUUAAGUUCAUAGUCCCCUUGGGGGGGGGGGUGUUUAAGCUCUAGCCUCCAGUGACAUCCAUCAAAACAACAAAGCUCUCCCACAAAUCAUAGUUUCCUGUUUCAUCCAAACUGGGAUACUGUAGCUUCAGUAUUCCAUGGAUACCAGCUCCAGAACAAGCCAAGACAUUAAGCAACAGUUUGAAGUUGGUUUAUAGUCUUAUUCAUAUUUUGGCCUAGUAAGCUGAGAUAUGAUUGUCUGAACUGGCUCAGUGACUCUUUGUUACUGACUGUUCUUCUCUAUUAGUGAGCGAUUCUUUUUCUCUGCAGAGAAGGCAGAAAUGAGGGGCUCUACCAAAUGGGUUUUCAAACUGUAAUACCAAAUUCACACCAUCCCAAUUCUUGAGGGGAGAGUGGGAGUUUUUGGUAAAAUGAAUGUGUGAUCCAGGAAUGUGUUAAGAUGGAUGUUCUUACUGUACAGUGUCUUCAGUUAAUCUUAAGGUAAUUGUUAAUUGCUAGCUGUACUUAGUAACCAUAAAUUUAUCCUUAAACUUGUAGAUCCUUCAUGAUGAAGUUUUACAAGAAUAUCGGAAGAUCAAACAGGUUUGUAUAACCUAUACUUAAUUAUUGUGUAUGGUGUAUGUAUAAAACAGUAUGCCAUGGCAGUUGAAUAGGAUUAAUUAGAGCUCAGAGUUAAUAUCAAAAAGACCUAAUUCCUGUACUCAUAUUGGCUUCACUGUAUAGAAUUCUAGCACUUCUAAUUUUACAGUGAAAUGGAUUAAAGCACAUAUUUAGGUGACGUGUAUUUAAAUACUGAAACCAUAUUGGAUCAUUGCCUCUCGGAUUCUCAUUGCAUUGGGCUUGCUUUUCAGUCUGGACAAAUGCUUCUAUUUGUCUGUUUUUAAUACGUUUGUGGCAAGUGUUUUGUUUUGGCUUCUAUGAUGUGAAUUGUGAAUCUUCAUAUGAGUGAUACACAUUUUUGUCCUGCCUUCUAUAGCAUUCCACUCUCCAACUGAAUCCUCUAGCCAUAGUGACAGCCAAGGCUUGGUAUUGAUCCCAGAUAUUCAGAAUUAUAAAUAGUGCUCUUAAAACAAUGAGAAUUUUAGAAAUGUGACUUAGAAAUGAGGCUCUAAUUGACCAUAUGCCUCUUCUUAUGUGCUCUCCCUCAUUUGCUGCUUAAAACUGAAGGAGUAAUUGCAAAUAUGGUACUGAGCAUCUGUAUGCCUUAUGUGGCUGCAUCACUUUCUGAGCCUGGGCACAUAACUUAGGAAGCAGAGCAGAGCUGGAAAGGGAAGUGACAGUCACUCAGGCCUUGGAAGAACCAUCUGUUGAGGAUUGGGGAGGAGCCUUCUGCCAGAGAGGCAUGAACUGAGAAGGACAUCAGCUGGUCCCAUUGGCGGAGGUGGAGAGAGGCAGAUGAGGGUGGUAGAAACCCCACAACAAGUGUUUUUCACAUGAGCAAUCGAGAUACAUUAAUGUCUGAAUCCCACUAAAGUGCAAGAGGCUUCAUCCUAUCUCAUGUAACUGUGUUCAUUGGGCUCCCCCUGCACAGUAGGAUUUAGAAGUACCUAGUAUUCCCUGCAUUGUACCUCCUGCUUCCAGAAUUUUACAGAGUUCCUAAAAAUUCUGGGUCAAUUCAUGUAUGUUAAACCCAUGUUAAAACUGCGAGAGUGACUGCAAGGACCCAGCAGUGUGGAGGAAGUAGUACAUGAUCUGGUUCAGCCAUGGGUCCAAAAGCAAUAGCUGUGCUCAAUUCUCUUUUGUGCGGUAACCAUUUUUUUCAGUUACCACAGUGAUCAAAUUAGUUCUGGGAACCCAUGGCUGUAUUUGUGGACAUGUCACACACUUUAUAUGCAUUAUGUCUCCAGAAGCACAUCCUGGGUCCACAUAAAGCACUUCACAAACAUCUCAGCUAGUCCCGUUUUGAAACAAAAUGGCACCUGUCCUUUCUACUGCAGUACGAUAUGCAGCCAACCUCCACUGUAACUGCAAGGCCACGUUAGUAUUGGAACAUUGCUUGUUCCUAUGUAGCAUUAGUUAGAUAUGCCUUUUGAAUACUGUGUAUGUCAAGAGUUGUCUCAGGUUACACCAUGGAUUCUCUGAGAAGGAAGUACCCUCAUUUUUUAAAACAUGUGGUCGCUGCCAGAUCUGUCACCAGCCUUAAGCAAAACACACAAGUUGCUUGAUAGGCAGAGAACAGAAUACAGUGAAUUACACUGUAUAAUUGCGUAAGUGUCCCUGAUUAUUGUGCAGGACCUCUCGGCAUCAGUGCCAACGACCAUGGUGUCCUCGUGAACUGUGUAUCUGAGAUGGGUUUAAGAGCCCAACUUUGGGAUGGUUCCAAUUCUUUCUGAAUUGGUAGGUUUCAGGAGAUGCUUGUGGCGGGGAGGGGGGCAAAUUAGGUUUUGUUUUAUCUGUGGUUUUACAUGCUUGCAUAUUUAAUUACUUUUUAGCAUUGUUUUGUGGUUUAUAUACCCUCAGUGUCAGAUAGGACGAUGAGAUAUAAAUAUGCUAAAUAUAUACUCUGUAUAUAGUUAGAAUUUUACGUUUGUUUCUGUUGCAGUCUAGUCCUAACUACCAUGAAGAAAAGUACAGAUGUGAAUAUCUCCACAACAAGCUGGCUCACAUUAAGAGACUUAUAGGUGAAUAUGACCAACGGCAUGCAGAGUCAUGGCACUAGGGCUCUGGACCAGAAGAUGUGAAUAAACUAAAGAUUAUUUAUUUAAAAUUCCAUAUGACUUGCUCUAAGGUUUAAAAACAAAGUGAAAUCUCUAAUGCGGGAGUUUCAGCAUUAGCAGGCCGAGUUGCUGUUUUUCUUGAUGGUGAGGAUGUUGCUUCCCUACAUAGUUGAAGCUGCUUUUUCCCCCGGUCCCUUUUUAUCCUUAACAUUUACUCGUUUAUCCAUGGAAAUCAUUUUACCAUUGGGUACUGGGGAUCCAGUCUCUGUAGUUCUGAGGUUGUGCACAUUUUUAAAAUAUAUAUAUAUAUAAAUUGUAGCAGAAGCAGAUGCUUUUGGAUGAAUUACAAGCCUGUUUUCUUCCUGACUUUUUCUUGUUAAUGCAAAAACGAUUUGCCUUAAAUGGUAGAAAGUUUAAAAAUUUGCACAAUAAAAUAAACAUUGUUUCUGGAGGGUUCAGAGGUGUGUAUGUGUGAAUGCCCACAUGCACACACCUAUCAACAAGAGUAACUUAUUUCUGUGAUUUCAACCCCCACUGCAAUGAUUGCCUUACAUUGUUUGCUUAUGUAUCUGAAUUGUACUUAAUCCAUUUCUCCAUAAACACAUCUUCCCGGUACAUUAAAAUGGGAAGCACUACUGUGUCUGAAAUAAGUGUGUGUGUAUGUCUGCGUGUGUGCAUGAGAGAGAGAGAGAGAGAGAGAGAGAGAGAGAGGAGGGGGUUGUGUGCGUACACAGUUGGGGGGUAAAUCUGCUAUAUAGGCCAAAUGUUCAGGUUGACAACUGACAAGUGUUAAUGCAGGGUUUUUCCCCAAUAAAACUGCUGCAUCUGUUCUGGAAGACAAAUAUUUCCAUUUCAACAAUUUCAACGAUUUGUCAGCUUUCUUAUCCAGGAAAAAUUGAUACUUUACAAAAAAAAAUAUUCUAUAGUUUUGGGGCAAAAUUAUAAAAUUAACAUGUAGGUGACCUAUUUAUAUACUGCUAUAAAAGUAUUUUUGAAGAGAAUAUGCAAUGAAGCUAUUGCCUACAUGAAAUGUAUAUUUAAAGAUUUUUCUUCCUGUGUGUCAGGAAUAUAACAAAGAUGUAUUUAACUAUAAAAUACUGUGAUCAUCAAACAGCACAAACUUUCAUUUCAUGCAGUUAAUUGGUUUAAUUUAAGUUAAACCGUCACUUUAUCAUGUGGGAACAUAAGUUAUUUGGUCACAAAAUUGACUUAUACUUGUCUUUUCUUUUGUCUUAAUAUAUUUCUUUCAAAAGUGCUGCCAAUUGAAAAGGGAAGCAUUAUGUUUACAAGUCUGAUUUUAUUUUAUUUUUUGGAAUGUUUGCCAAAAUUUUGGUAGUAUCUUUAAUAAACUUGUCUCCAGCAUCAA